AUGAGUAAUGAACGAGGAUUUUUAUGGCAAAAAUUCGCUUCUCUUUUCUUACCAUCGAAUCGUCUUCAGCGUUAUCAGCUUUAUACAAGUGAAGAUUAUCUGCAAUUACCUGUCGAAGUCAUUUCAGCAUUAAGUCAGAAUACCAUUGCUUGUGAAUCAGGUCCCGAUGUUGGCUUAGUAGACAUUGCUCGGCAUCAAAAAAAAGGAAUUUUAAAAGUCAAUAAUUCGAUCAAAGUCGCUGGACAAUACGAUUGGCAGAAACCUAACGAAGACAUUGCUUGUGGAUCGUCCACGUCGCUCUACGAUCGUGAUCCGUUUACUGGUGAAAUCAAUGGCGAACCGAUUGCUGACUGUUUUGGGAUAUGUGCUCAGAAGAAUAAUGCGAUUAUCAUGAUUGCUGAUGGGGUUAAUUGGGGAUACAAAGCUCGGCUUGCUGCUCGAUGUGCAAUACAUGGCGCCAUGGAUUGCCUCAAUCGACAGCUAUUCGAGAAGAGAUUAUCUACUACGAAGGAUGUUUUUCAGCAAAUUCACGCAGCAAUUGAAGCCGCUCAACAGUUAAUUUAUAAGAGUGAAGGCUCAUUGACAACAUUGACAAUCAGUAUUGUUUGCCCAUCGAACCGUCGUUGGUUAGUAUGUUCAGCCAUUGUCGGUGAUUCUAAUGCCUAUGUAUACAGUCAACGCCGAAAAGCUGUCUUUGAAUUAACACAAGGAUCCCGAGAUCUUAAUAAUGAACGCGACAUGCGUUCACCGGGUGGUGCGUUGGGUACAACCAUGGAUGAAAAAGCUGAUCUGGCCAACUUAACAUAUUCAUUGAUGGAAGUUGAACCGGGCGACUUUGUAUUUUUGACAACUGAUGGAAUUAGUGAUAAUUUCGAUCCUUGCGUAAGUGGUAAUGGAGCAAGCGUGAAAACACCAUUGCUUGCUCGAAAAUCGAGUCAGUCAAUAUCGACAUCACCACCGGUACUGAUGACGGCAUAUGAACGGCAUUUAUUUAGCUUAAAUCAUAUGUAUUUAUCGAUUGCUAAUAAGGGAGAAGACAUGAAUGCUCGAGAUUUGUGCAAUCGACUUUUGCAAUAUGUCAUUCAAUUAACGAACGAGCAGCGACAGAUAAUAGAACAAGGUAUUCGAGAGAAUGAAGGAAUUCAAAAUUCUGCGCGUCUCAAAUUCGAAUUGGAAAUGCGAAACAAAAUCGGUAAAAUUCCGGGAAAGUUAGAUCAUGCAACAAUUGUAGCAUAUCACGUCAGAUGA